AUGGCACACUCAGGCGACGACCAGAACAUCCUUAGCUCGCUGAGCGAGCUUCGACUUGCGCAGUCUCAGCUGGCUGCGGCUGUUGAUACGCUCACAGCAGCCAUCAGCAUGCAGCAACAAACCGGCGCAACUACAUUGUCGGCCGCAUUUCCGGGAGACCCAAGGGGUUCCGGCCAAAAUGACACCAGCGAGACAGGACCAGAACCGCAGAAUCCUGCGUCACUGUCUCAAAAGUCGGGCUUUACGUCCCGGAUCGUGCUUACGCCAGCACGUAUCCAAAGCAGAUUGGUAUCGACCCAAUUCCCCUCGACUGGGGAAACGGAGACCCCGAGAAGCGAGGACCCGUUGUCGUUUCUCGACUCCCAAGUACUAUACGCCGGAGAAACGCUGUCGGAGGCAAGUAUAUCCUUUGCUCACGCGGUUCGAAGCGACCCAAGACUAACCGGUAUUAUAGCACACGGCGGCUCCUACUCGGUGUACUACGCGCUGGCAGUCGCCAGCAAAGAGCUGAAUACGGACCACAGACCUGAUUUCACCAAUACUGAACCUGCCGCAAAUAUCGGGCCCUUUCCUCAAUGGGGUGAUAAGAAGAAAAUUGUAGCUAUGGAUCCAUGGGGCCAUCUUACACCAUGGCAGUAUAAGGACGUCAUGCAGAAAGAAAAUGGCAAGUCUCAACGGAGAAAGAACACAUCGGCUCCUGCGUUACUGACCGACCUUUCGUAUCCUGACAGCUCCCGGAGUUGGAAGAGAGCGUCCGAUCCGGCAGACUGUAGUGUUCCCGAUGGAAAAGUUUGCUUGAAUGAGCAAGGAGAAUUGGCUGUCACCAAAUUUGCGGUAGAACCGGUCUGGUAUCUCCCAGGUGUCGCUGAGCGAUUUGGAAUAGACGAAGCAACUCUCCGCCGUUCGCUGUUCGAACACACGGGCGGUAGCUAUCCGGAGUUGAUUACUCGUGGAGAUAUCAAGGUUUUCCUUCCACCGAUAGGAGGCCUUACCGUUUACUGUUUUGGCGAUCCCAGCAAAAUGUCGGACGAGUCUGUCCGUCUCUCGCUGCGAAUUCAUGAUGAGUGCAAUGGAAGCGACGUGUUUGGAUCGGAUAUCUGCACCUGCCGGCCGUACCUGAUCUUCGGUAUAGAAGAGGCAGUAAAGGAAGCCCAAAAUGGGGGCAGCGGUGUCGUCAUCUAUUUCAGAAAAGAAGGACGAGCCCUCGGCGAGGUGACCAAAACGCAUGGACUCGAGGUCUCUACUCUACUAACUGGCAAAGUGGUUUACAAUGCCCGCAAGCGUGGAGCUGAUCGAGCUUCGGAUUACUUCACACGCACAGAGAAUAUUGCUGGAGUAAAGGACAUGAGGUUCCAGGCCCUGAUGCCCGAUAUUCUCCACUGGCUCGGCGUCAAGAAAAUCGAUCGCAUGCUUAGCAUGAGCAACAUGAAGCACGAUGCCAUCGUCGGUCAAGGAAUCCCUAUCCGCGAGAGAGUCGAGCUACCCGACGAACUGAUCCCCGCAGAUUCGCGUGUAGAGAUUGACGCCAAAAUUACCGCUGGAUAUUUUACUGCCGGCAAACGCUUGACGUCGGAAGAACUCCAGUCUGUCCAGGGCAGGAUGUGGGAAGAGUACGUCCCAGUUUCACCUACCUGCCGCCGACUUGAUUAUUUGUGGGCUCGCUUAGGCCUAAGCUGGUGCACACAAGAAAUUGAAAUUAUUCUCCCCCUCCAUCUCAUCGUUUGCAUCCUUGAUAUCUCUAAUUGCUCAAUACACUUGGCAGCAAUCAUGGCGGUUGGAAAGAACAAGAGACUCUCCAAGGGCAAGAAGGGCCUCAAGAAGAAGACUGUCGACCCCUUCUCCCGCAAAGAUUGGUACUCCAUUAAGGCCCCUAACCCAUUCAACAUCAGAGAUGUCGGCAAGACUCUCGUCAACCGUACCACCGGUCUGAAGAAUGCCAAUGACGCACUCAAGGGACGUAUUGUCGAGGUCUCCCUCGCUGACCUCCAGAAGGAUGAAGAUCAUUCGUUCCGCAAGAUUCGCCUCCGCAUUGACGAGGUGCAGGGCAAGAGCUGCCUCACCAACUUCCACGGUCUCGACUUCACAUCCGACAAGCUGCGCUCUCUCGUCCGCAAGUGGCAGUCCCUCAUUGAGGCCAACAUCACCGUCAAGACCACGGAUGACUACCUCAUUCGUCUUUUCGCCAUCGGCUUCACCAAACGCCGCCAGAACCAGAUUAAGAAGACUACUUAUGCCGCUUCUUCCCAAAUCCGUGCCAUCCGCCGCAAGAUGACCGACAUUAUCCAGCGCGAGGCUUCCACCUGCACCCUCACCCAGCUCACUUCUAAGCUCAUCCCCGAGGUGAUCGGCCGCGAGAUCGAGAAGGCUACCCAAGGCAUCUACCCCCUGCAGAACGUACACAUCCGCAAGGUCAAGCUUCUGAAGGCUCCCAAGUUCGACCUGGGUGCACUGAUGGCUCUUCAUGGCGAGUCGGGGACGGAUGACCAGGGCCAGAAGGUUGAGCGCGAGUUCAAGGAGCGUGUCUUGGAGGAGGUCUAA